CCCUCGAAAAGCACCCAUAUGGGCAUGAUAAUUGAUAUCAAUGGUCUUAAAGGGUUAGUUUCUUUUAGGUCAUUUAUAUAUUUCUAAUGGGCAGUUGAAUCUCAGUAAUCUCCCGCGCAUCUGAUAAUGCUUCUCACUGAAGCCGGUGAAGAAGCAAUAUGAGUGUCUCAGAAUUACCUACGAAGGAGAGUAAUGUCCUGAAAGGUCAUGAAGGUGGAGUUCUAGCUGCAAGGUUCAAUAGCGAUGGCAAUUACUGCCUCAGCUGUGGCAAGGACCGCACUAUUCGUCUCUGGAAUCCUCACCGUGGCAUUCACAUUAAGACCUACAAAUCACAUGGCCGUGAAGUCCGCGACGUCCAUGUCACCCCAGACAACUCCAAGUUAUGUUCUUGCGGCGGUGAUCGCCAAGUCUUCUAUUGGGAUGUUUCUACAGGUCGCGUCAUUCGAAAAUUUCGUGGCCACGAUGGCGAGGUGAAUGCUGUGAAAUUUAAUGAGUAUGCUUCUGUCGUAGUCUCAGCAGGCUAUGAUCAAUCAUUGCGUGCUUGGGACUGCAGAUCUCAUAGCACUGAGCCAAUUCAGAUCAUCGAUACAUUUUCAGACAGUGUAAUGUCUGUUUGCUUAACAAAGAGUGAAAUUAUUGGAGGAAGUGUUGAUGGUACUGUUCGGACAUUUGAUAUGCGAAUUGGCAGAGAAAUAUCAGAUAACUUGGGGCAAACUGUAAAUUGCAUCUCCAUGUCCAACGAUGCCAAUUGCAUAUUAGCUAGUUGCUUAGAUUCAACUCUCCGUCUAUUGGACAGGUCUUCUGGUGAGCUAUUACAAGAAUACAAGGGCCAUACUUGUAAGUCUUACAAGCUGGAUUGCUGCCUUACCAAUACGGAUGCACAUGUAACUGGCGGAUCUGAGGAUGGAUUUGUCUACUUUUGGGAUUUAGUAGAUGCAUCUGUUGUCUCCAAGUUUCGAGCUCAUUCCUCUGUCGUGACAAGUGUGAGUUACCAUCCAAAAGAUAAAUGUAUGAUAACUGCCUCGGUUGAUGGGACGAUUCGGGUUUGGAAGACAUAAGAGCCAAGAGGAAGAAGAACAUGAAUUUCCUCGGCUUAAUAAUGCACAUUAUGCUCUGAGGCUCUGCAGAAUGCCAAUCAUAAGCCAAAGCCUCUCUAACUUUGUCCUUGAGUUUCAACUAAUAAUCUCAUAAAGUUGUUUAUUGACCAUUCCAAUUUCGAACUCCUACCAUAAUUUGCAAAUUAAUCGACGUUUUAUGACCGCUAAAUUGCAAUCUCAUUCAUUGGCUCCUAGAAUUGAAGUUUUCAGAUCAUCUGGUAAGGAACUGAGAAAGAGGUAUUAAGGUAUGUUAAAGAUAAUUUGUUUCCCCUUAGAAACAUAUUGAUUACAAAGCAAAAACAAGGUUGAUACCUUAACUUUGGUGUACCAAAUUUUAGAAGAAUGAAGUGGGCUUACACUGACAAAAGUAAAUGAAGAUUGAAUUGAAACACAAGUCAGUAGUUGGACCUGCCUUCCAAAUUCAAUAAAUUUCCAUCAUAAUUUCACUUUGUAAUUUCCUUCUUCAUUUGACAUCAUUUCCUAUGUCUUCUUAUGGCUUUCAGAUUUCACCAACUCAUCAUCAUUAUUAUUAUUAUUGAGUAUACUCUCUCUUACUUAA